GCCGCAUGCCUCCAUUUUGUACCGACUCUGGUAUUUCGUAGAACUAGGUUUGAUCAAUCCCAGUGAACAACCGGUGAAACUACACCGCCCUCAAUCGCUUGACAGCUAUGUUGAUAUGAACAAGAGAACAGCUUCUGUUAAUUGUUUCCUUUUUACGUUGUAAACUCUUUGGAAUAAGUUUCUAGAGUUGGCAAUAACCAGCCGUCAAUAUGACAGUGGACAACAAGUUCUCUUCCGAAUAGUUACUUAGUUACCAGUUUUAAAUAGGUGACCGGUCAAACGGCACGUAGGCUAAUCGACGGAAAUAUCAUCCUGUUACUAUUUAACAUUAAUGUUGUUUGGGACAAAAAGUCAAAGCAGAACAGACAGAGUUUUUUGUGGAAAACAGACCAUAUACAAAUUGAGGUGACCGUCAACCAUGCCUGUUCCUCCACCCCCACCUCCUGGACCUCCACCGCCACCAACCUUUAGCCAGGCAAACACCACUCCUCCCAAAAUUUCUCGAGAUGAAGCAAAGGGAAGAGGAGCUUUGCUGUCAGACAUCUGCAAAGGCGCAAAAUUAAAGCAAGUCACCGUGGUCAGUGACAGAAGUGCCCCUGUUAUUGAAAAGCCUGGAGGUCGUGGUGCCAGUGGGGGAGGUGGAGGUGGAGGUGGAGGGGGUGGAGGAUUUGGAGGUGGUUCUGGGCCGAUGGCCAUGGGAGGGUUGUUCAGUGGAGGGGUACCUAAACUACGGCCUGUAGGAGACAGCACUGUUGGAAGGUCUGCACUGCGGCCACCCGGCUCUCGCUCUGCAGUCCCCCGUGUUGCAAGUCAUUCAGAGCUGGAUGGUUUUGACCGUAGUGGAGAAGGAGAUCGCGCCACACCUGUUGAACAACCACGAAACCAACGUCCCUCACUUCCAGACGUACCCAAAUCAUCUGCUGCCAGUAGCUCCACUAAACCUGCCCCACCUCCGCCACCGCCGUUCAAUCGCGACGGCAACCGUGGACCCUCCUCAGCCCAACAGGUUUCUGGGUCUUCCCAUAGUCGUGAGAAACCCCUUCCACCACCUCCUGUAAUCAAGGGGCCUCCACCACCAUCAUCUUCUCGUGAUGGGCCUCCUAGACACCCCCCCCUUUCAUCUCGCUCUUCUUCAUCCUCACCCUCCUCAAAUGCGCCCCCACCACCACCUCCUUAUCGUCAGCCUCCUAAUGUUGCGAAUGUUGACCCAGCUCCUGAGUUACCACAGAGGCGAAACUCACUGAACAAGAGGGGCCACUCCAAUGCUAACGCCCGUGGUCAAGCUCCACCUCCUCCCCCUCCUGCCCAACAGAACAGACGACCCCCACCACCAGCACGCGACCCGGUGGGCCGCAGCACAGCUCCUCAGGUUCCUCCUCCUGGGUCUCGUAACGGGAUUCGGGAAACACCACCCCCUCCUCCUGCUUACCGGUCACAUACCUCCUCUGAACCCCCCAGUCGACUGAAGCCCCCUGCUUUCUCCUCCACCGAGCGUCAGCCUUUAGGACACGCUCCUCCUCCACCUCCUCUCCGGAAUGGACAUCCACCGACUGUCACCAAAUCCUUUGCUGAUGAUUUCGAGGCCAGGUACACCUUCCAUGCUUUAGAGGAUCUGCCCCCUCCUGAAGAAUACAGACCUUUCCAGAAGAUCUAUCCCAGCAAAUCCAGAAGUGCUAUAACAAGAGGUGCUCCUCCACUGCCUCCUGUUGGCAGGUGAACAACAUUCAGGGGAGAGAAGGACCAAAAAGAGAUGACAUACAUACAUGCCAUAUACUUUAUAUAUUUGUUUGUGUGUGUAACACAAUCAGUAAUUACAUACAGUACAUGUACAUAAACACACCAAUUCAUCAAAUCGACAUAAUUCUUAGGCAACACUAUAUUCAUGCACUACAUGAUUUAUUAUCCAAAAUACUCCAGAAUGCUGUAUUUCUAGACCUGAAAACACUGUGCAAUAUCCCUGUGCUGCCUAGAAAAUGCACCUUCUCAGAUUUUGCCUGAUAACAGAGGCACAGUGCAGCAACCAAGCCAGAACAGACAACUCCACUUACCAUGGAGUUAGAUGCAUACAUUCCACCUCUUUCAGUUACCAAAGUUUUAGAAUUGUGUAAUUAAUGGGAAAAUGUGUAGCACUUGUAGAUUAUUGAUGUCUAUGCAUAUGGAUUCUUAGGAGAAGGACAUCUGUUUUUCUCUGGACAAUCAUUUUAUUGUAUAUCGAUUUCUGUUUGACUUUUUGUUUGUUUCUGUAUUUUAUCCUCUUUUUUUUUUUCAACUCAAAGAGGUCUGUCCAGGAAUACGUUUGUUGAUUACACAACAAAGGCCACGAAGCGGCCUUUUCAUGUUCAAACCAUAGUCAGCAAUCAGUCACUACAUUAUUUCUCAUUUAUUUUAACUUUAUAAUAGUUUAUUGUACCUCUCAGAAUGUGAGACUGAGAACAUAAUUUUUUUGUUGAACCUAUCACCCCUGGUUUGCUUGUUCUUUGUCAUGAGUAACUUUAAUAGCAGUACAGUUAUCUGAACUAAGAGAAGAAAUAUUUAUGCUCUGUUGAAUCUAACCUGUUUUAUAUCUGACCGAAUAAACACUAAGUGCCACAGGAUCUCCCAAAGACAUACAUGUCAGUUAUAUGUGUAUUUUUGCAUUAGUAUACAGGUCUGCUUCUCUUGCAUGUGAUGCAGUCCUGUAGUGCCAUCAUAUGGCUCGUCUGCACCCUUUCUCCUACAAGGUACCAAGGGGUUUUUUAAGGUAAUUUACACAUUGCCUUUAAAAUUACAACAAAAAAAACAAAGCUGAAUUUCUGGAUUUAAUUAUAUAUAUAUAUAUAUAUAUAUAUAUAUAUAUAUAUAUAUAUAUAUAUAUAUAUA